AGGAAGCGAGAAUGAAUAAACCAAACAGACCAUUGAAGCACAGCAAACUCUACCCUCCUGUCACCCUACGACCUGCCACACUCGGGUUUUCAGUAUCGUUAACCCUCGUUGGUCCGCAUUAUUCAAAAGAGAUGCUGCAGGUGAAGGGUCUGGAGCCACGUAGACAGUAGGGGUUCAAUCUUCAGCUGGCUGGCACUCCCGCCACUGGCAGGUCACGUGACCCGGCACUCCCGCCACUGGCAGGUCACGUGACCCGGCACUCCCGACACUGGCAAGUCACGUGACCCGGCACUCCCGACACUGGCAAGUCACGUGACCCGGCACUCCCGACACUGGCAUGUCACGUGACCCGGCACUCCCGACACUGGCAAGUCACGUGACCCGGCACUCCCGACACUGGCAGGUCACGUGACCCGCCGCUUAACAGCUAAACAGAGCCAGAAGAUGUGCCGAUUUUCACGCGUUCCCACAGCUCUUCUGUAUACAUUUUUUUAAUAUUUUUUAUUUUGCAUUUGUUUAUAUGGAUGUCUUCUUGUCUAUGAGAAACAUGUUGUGUGGAGGUUUUGCGUUUUAAAGCGCUCAAAAUACGGUGAGAACAACUGGCAGGUGGCGCUUGUACUGUCAGCUAAACAGAGCCAGAAGUUUUAAAUUCCAGUAUAGUAAGGGGAAGACACACCCUCAUACCAGCCAACAACAGUCCAGUCUGCCUACUCACUACAGUGUGUUUCUUUACACCAUGAUUAAGGGCUCAACAUGCGUCAGAAGAUCCUGGUGACAGGAGGGGGCGGAUACAUUGGCAGCCACUGCGUUGUGGAGCUCAUUGAGGCUGGUUAUCACCCUGUGGUUAUCGAUAACUUCAGCAAUGCUGUCAGAGGAGAGGGUGAUGUUCCUGAGAGUCUGCAGAGGAUUGAAAAGUUUCUUAACACUCAGAUUGAGUUCCACGAGCUGGACCUUUUGGAUAAACCUGGACUUGAGAAAAUAUUUACAAAGCAUUCCUUUGAUGCAGUAAUGCACUUUGCUGGACUUAAAGCUGUUGGUGAAUCAGUGGAACAGCCUUUACGAUACUACAGAGUCAAUCUUACAGGAACCAUCCAUCUCCUGGAGGUUAUGAAGUCUCAUGGGGUGCGUAAUCUGGUAUUUAGCAGCUCAGCUACUGUCUAUGGAGAUCCCCAGAAACUUCCCAUUGAUGAGCAGCAUCCAGUGGGUGGCUGCACCAACCCCUACGGCAAGACCAAAUACUUCAUUGAGGAGAUGAUAAGGGACCAAUGCACAGCAGAAAAGGAUUGGAAUGCUGUGCUGCUCAGGUACUUCAAUCCCAUUGGUGCUCACGUCUCAGGGCAGAUCGGUGAGGAUCCACAAGGAAUCCCAAACAACCUUCUGCCUUAUGUUGCUCAGGUUGCUAUUGGCAGGCGAAAUUUUCUGAAUGUGUUUGGAAACGACUACAACACACCUGAUGGAACAGGUGUGAGAGAUUACAUCCAUGUUGUGGAUUUAGCAAAGGGGCACAUAGCUGCCCUCAGAAAACUAAAGGACAGCUGUGGCUGUAAGGUUUAUAACCUGGGCACGGGUACAGGCUACUCGGUGCUAGAGAUGGUGAAAGCAAUGGAAAAGGCCUCAGGUCGAAAGAUUGUCUAUCAGAUUGCUCCUCGGCGGAGCGGGGAUGUAGCCUCUUGCUAUGCAGAUCCCAGUCUGGCAGAGAAAGAGCUGAGCUGGAAAGAUGAAUAUGACUUGGAGAGAAUGUGUGAGGAUCUAUGGCGCUGGCAAUCCAAGAAUCCUACAGGAUUCAGAAACGGAACAGUACCUUGAAAGUGAUGAUUUCAGACCCUUGCAUGAAGGGAAUUCCAUCUAUGACAAGAUCAUGUACAUUUAUUAUACUACAACAAACCUGAAGCCAAAAUGACUUGAUUUAAUUUUCAGCCAAUACAACAUUUUGAUCAAUAUAAACUGAAUGAGAUAGCCUAUUUAUAACCUAAAAUAAUUUAUACUUUCUUAUAAUAAAUUUAUUUCAUUUGAUUUCAA